AUGGCUAUCGUUGCUCUUCUCUUGCUCAUCGUCCUCUGCGCCGCCUUCACGUCCGUCGCAUUCAAGAAACGCACCGACAAGCUGCCGCCCGAGGACCCGAACGCUCCGGUUUCGGUCAACUACUUCCCGUCUCGGAAAUGCAACUACACAUGCGGCUUCUGCUUCCACACCGAAACCUCUUCCUACGUCCUCCCCAUUGACGAGGCCAAGCGUGGUCUGCGCCUGCUCAAAGAGGCCGGCAUGCGCAAGCUCAACAUCGCCGGCGGCGAACCCUUCCUGUACCCGCACCUCCUCACCGAGCUGCUCCGCUACUGCAAGGAGGAGCUCGGCGUCGAGAGCAUCAGCAUCGUGAGCAACGGCAGCAAGAUCCGCGAAAAGUGGAUGCGAGACAACUGCCAAUGGCUGGACAUCCUGGCCGUCUCGUGCGACUCGUUCAACCCGGACACGAACAAGAAGAUCGGCCGCGGCGACGACGGAGGCAACGUGGUUCGCCUGUUUCGCAUCGCCGAGUGGUGCAAGCAGUACGGCGUCAAGUUCAAGCUGAACACGGUCGUCAACACCCACAACUGGGACGAGGACAUGGUCGCCAACAUCGAGCGGCUGGCGCCUUUCCGGUGGAAGGUGUUCCAGUGCCUCAUCGUCGCUGGCGAGAACGACGACGAGACGAGGAAGCGAGACGCGAGGGCCUUCUUGGUCACUGACGAACAAUGGCGUACCUUUUGCGACCGCCACAAGCAUCUUCCGUGCUACGUCCCCGAGGACAACCAGUCCAUGGCGAGCAGCUACCUGCUUCUCGAUGAGUACAUGUGCUUCCUCGACAAGGGAGAAGGCAUCAUGACCAAGAGUGAGUCGAUUCUGGAAGUCGGCGUCAAGAAGGCCAUGGAGCAGGUUGUCUGGGACAAGAAAUCCUUUGCUGAACGCGGUGGAAUCUACGACUGGGGCAAAUCCGACAUGCAGCAGCAGGGUGCUUGUGGCGGUGGUGGCGGCAAGAAGGAGCUGGAAUGGUGA